CUUUUCUUUUAUUACUUAUUCUUGAAAUCUUGUGUUUUAGUACAGCUCUAACAAAAUCUUCUUUUUACUGUAAAGAUACUUUCUUUUUGUGUAUAUAGACAUAAUUGCAUGUGUAAUCUUUGAUUAUAUUAUGAUGAUCUUGUUGUUAUUGUUUCCUUUUGUGUGGUUGGUCUUAGCUUUCUGUGAUUUUGUUGAAGAUUUUAUCUUUUUGGGAAUUUAAUCUGAUAUUAAUUGUGGAUUCUUUCCUAAUUAAUUUCUGGAGAAAUUCUUGGGAAAAUCCUAUCUGGGGGAUUUGCUAAAAUCUCCUAAUUUAAUUCUGUCUAGAUUUUUUGGGUAGAUUUGGGGUAUAAAUUAUGUAUAUUAUCUUGUGAUUAGAUGGAUUGGUAUAGUGAAGAUGGCUCAAGAACAGACCCAAAAGUGUAGUAAUAGUAGUGGUGGUGGAGCUAAUGGUGGUCAUGGUGGGGGUAGAAGUACAGCUAGAUCUUGCAAAAAGUCGAAGCAAAAAAAAAUCCCUCAAAGGGGACUUGGUGUUGCUCAAUUGGAGAGAAUUAGAUUAGAAGAACAACAAAAGAAAGAUGGGUUAUUGAUGCAAACACCUACAGUGGUGCCCUCAGCUAAUUCGAUUGUUUACAUGGGUAACUCUGGUUUGAAUGUGCCAGAGGUAUCGAUAAAUGAUUUGAAUUUGCAGAAUUCGGUACCUAGACAGCAUGGUUUGAUCUUGAAUAGUGAUGCCACGCAUCUUGAUUCUGGUUCAAUUCCAUUGUCAAACAAUGCUGCUGGCAAUUGGGCGCAUUUAUGGAAUAGCAAUAGCCAAUAUAACCUUAAUGGGGAGAGUCAAAAGAUCGAUUGUCAUAGCUUAGCGAUUCACCAUAAUGAGAAUUUGCCUUGUGAAACUAAAACCCCAGUUUGGUCGAUUCCAAUGCAUAGAUCUGAACAUUUUCAGUAUCCCCGUCCUUCAGCUAUGGCAAAUAUUCCUUCAGGCAGUGUAAAAUCAUCUGUGCCGAACGUACAGAUUGAGCCCCCUUCAAACCAAAUAUAUGGUGCCAACAAAUGCCCACGUCUUUGGCAGGAAGAAGAACAGAUGAUUGGCAUGAAGAGGUCGUAUCCUUUCAUUGUAGAAGAUGCUCCUGGCCCCUCCUUCUACACUAAAUAUCCUCAUGCAUAUGCUUCUCUUAUCCCCGGAAAAGAUGAAGCUGCUCCAUGUAGCAAUGAUUGUAUUUCUACUAUUCAACCAGCCAACACACAGUUUUCAAGAGAAAUGCCUUUGUGCUCGAAUGGUGUGUCAGAGCCAAAAAAUAAAAACAUUCUCAGUGAAUUUGGAGGUUCUAAUGGAGGAUUUCUCACACUGGCACCUCCGGCAGAGCUUUCGUCAUCUUAUAUAAGGCGCCACUGUCAAGAAGUGCCAGACUUUGAUGCUCUGCCUUAUCAGGAUAUCACUGAUGAGCAAGUCAAGUGGCCAGAAACGGGGCCAUUAACUAAGCAACCCUUCUAUAGCUUUUUGCCACCUGCGAGUGCAGUAAAUGGCCUCUCGGCAGGCGGUGGAAGCAGCAACGGCGAACAAUCAGAAGCUGUUGAUCUCGACUUGAAGUUAUAAAUGUGUAUAUUUCAGAGGACAUGUUUAAAUUUUAAUCAUCAUGUUUACAUGGUGAUUUUUUGCAAGUAGACUAGAAUUUCAAAGUUCUGGAAGUCCAAAGGUUGAUUUAAGAUGUUUUACAUCUGAAGUGUAGUUUGAAAUAUUAUCCUUUCCUUGAUAUAAUUGAUAUGGCAUUAUCUUUAGUUUUUGCAA